GCACCUUUAGUUUUUUUUCUUUCUUUUUUCUUCCUUUUCCCUCUUUAUCUACCUUCACUGCGUACAAUUUUCCUUAAUUUUUCGUUUAAAUUGAGAAAAAAAGGAACCAGAAUUCCAUUACACAUAUGCAAACAAGGUGAGUGAUCGAAAGUGGCCAAAAUACAAGCAUCAUUCAGUAGUAUGGCGUCCACGGUUCGGAAACUGAGAGUAGAAGUAGUUGAGGCCCGCGAUCUGUUGCCCAAGGAUGGACACGGCACGUCCAGCCCGUACGUCCAGGUGGACUUCUAUGGGCAGCGGAAGAAGACACAAACACGCAUCCGCGAACUCAACCCAACAUGGAACGAGGUGCUCGACUUUAACGUUGGCAAGCCCUCGUCGGUGUUCGGCGACAUGCUUGAGGUCGACGUUUACCACGACAAGAACUACGGGCCGACGAGGAGGAACAACUUUCUGGGUCGGAUAAGGUUGAAUUCCACGCAGUUCGUCAGGAAAGGCGAGGAGGCUCUAAUGUAUUUCCCUUUGGAGAGGAAGAGCUUGUUCAGUUGGACUCAAGGUGAUAUUGGGCUCAGGAUCUAUUACGACGAUGAGGUGGCCCCGCCACCAUCUCCUCCGCCUCCUCCGGUUGAGGAAGUGAAGCCCGAGCCACCUCCUCCGGUUGAGGAAGUGAAGCCCGAGCCGCCUCCUCCGGCUGAACCGGCCCCUCCACCGGAAGAUCAGCCAAAGCCGCCAGAUGAAGCUGGAAAGCAAGUCGAGCCGGCGCCACCCGCUAACGGUGACAAGCCUAAUGAAGAGCCACCAGCUGAUCAUCAAGCUCAAGCUGAUGCGGCAGCAAUUGCUGGGCCGGAAGCCGCGCCGCCAGUGGAAAAUGCGGCUCCUGAAGUUGAGAAGCCAACAGAGGAGCCCCAGUCUGAGACUUCCCUGCCAACAGAAGAGAGUAAAGAUCAGGUGGGCCAACCUCCCGCUACAGAGUCUGUGCAACCUGGUCCUGAGAUCCAGAUGAUGGCAGCGUCUGUAUCUAAUCCAGUGCCAGAAGUCAAAUUCGCAGGAUUUAACGGUCCGCAGCCGAUCAAUAUGCCGUUUGCGCGGAAGAACUUCACUACUUUGGACCCAACCGAAAGUAUGACGAUCGAACAGUCCUCAUUCGAUCUCGUCGAGAAGAUGCACUAUUUGUUCGUUCGAGUAGUGAAAGCGAGGUCGCUUCCCACCAAUGGCAAUCCGGUUGUAGAGAUCGCGGCUUCAGGUCACCACGUCAGAUCCAAACCUGCCCGAAAAACAAAUUUGUUAGAGUGGGACCAGACAUUCGCCUUCCUCCGCGACUCUCAAGAUUCUUCGUCCCGCUUAGAAGUCUCGGUGUGGGACCCGCCUGCACCGGGGGAUCACGGUUUCUUAGGUGGGAUUUGCUUUGAUGUAUCAGAGAUUCCGCUGCGGGACCCACCGGACAGCCCGCUGGCCCCACAAUGGUAUCGAUUGGAGGAAGGCGGGGCCCACGGUGGGGACCUCAUGCUUGCCACGUGGGUGGGCACCCAGGCUGACGAGGCGUUCCCGGACGCGUGGAAGACGGACACUGCCGGUAACGUUAACUCACGUGCCAAAGUUUACCAAUCCCCAAAGCUAUGGUACCUCAGAGCGACUGUCCUCGAAGCCCAAGACAUUCUUCCACUAACGGCGUCAAAAGAAGUCUCCUUUCAAGUUAGAGCCCAGCUGGGAUUCCAAGUCUCGAAAACCAAAGUCUCCUUCUCGCGCAACGGCACCCCGUCAUGGAACGAAGACUUGAUGUUCGUAGCUGCCGAGCCAUUCAGCGACCACCUAAUUCUCACCGUCGAAAACCGGCAACCCAAAGGAGCAGAAACUAUAGGGGUGGCCAGCAUAACACUCACGGCCAUCGAAAGGCGCGUGGACGACCGGAAAGUUACGUCACGUUGGUUAAACUUGGAGGACACAAACGGCGAGAAGAGGGCUUACAAGGGUAGGGUCCAGCUCCGCUUGUGCUUCGACGGGGGGUAUCACGUGAUGGACGAGGCCGCGCACGUGUGCAGCGAUUUCCGUCCCACCGCCAGGCAGCUAUGGAAACCCCCGGUCGGUAAGGUCGUACUCGGCAUCAUCGGUUGCAAGAAUCUGAUGCCGAUGAAGACGAUAAACGGUAAAGGCUCAACUGAUGCUUACUGCGUCGCUAAAUACGGUUCCAAGUGGGUACGUACACGUACGGUUUGUGAUAGUUUGGACCCCAAGUGGAAUGAGCAGUACACGUGGAGGGUGUACGACCCAUGCACUGUGUUGAGCGUUGGAGUAUUUGACAGUUGGGGAGUGUUCGAAACUGACGGCUCGAAGGAAGCCACGCGUCCCGAUUUCCGUAUCGGAAAGGUUCGGGUACGUAUUUCCACGUUGCAGUUGGGUAAGGUUUACAGAAACAUGUACCCGUUGUUUGUGUUGUCUAAUACAGGGGGGAAGAAGAUGGGUGAGGUGGAAAUCGCUAUAAAAUUUGUACGUGAGGCUCCCACGUUGGAUAUCCUCCACGUGUACUCCCAGCCCUUGCUGCCAUUGAUGCAUCACAUAAAGCCGCUUGGAAUGGGCCAGCAAGAGAUGUUGAGAAACACGGCCGUGAAGAUUGUAGCCGCACACCUGUCACGAUCCGAACCGCCGAUUAGGCGCGAGGUCGUGCUUUACAUGCUGGACGCUGACUCGCAAGCAUUCAGCAUGCGAAAGGUACGAGUAAACUGGUUCAGGAUCAUCAACGUGAUUGCAGGUCUGGUCGAUAUCGCGCGAUGGAUGCACGACACGCGUCUUUGGAAGAAUCCGACGGCUACAAUUCUUGUGCACGCAUUGCUUGUCAUGCUCGUGUGGUUUCCUGAUCUAAUCGUCCCCACGUUGGCAUUUUACGUGUUUGUGAUAGGUUCGUGGAAUUACAGAUUUCGGUCACGGGACCCACUCCCACAUUUUGACCCGAAGAUCUCGCUAGUUGAUGUAGUUGACCGUGAUGAGCUGGACGAGGAGUUCGAUGGGGUGCCGAGUAAUAGGCCAAAUGAGAUGGUGCGGGCGAGGUAUGAUAAGCUACGCAUGAUUGGGGCACGUGUGCAGACGGCACUGGGGGAUUUUGCGACGCAAGGUGAACGAGUGCAGGCGUUGGUGACGUGGAGAGACCCACGUGCGAGUGGGGUAUUUGUUGGAUUGUGUUUUGUGGUGGCGAUGAUAUUGUAUAUGGUGCCGUCGAAGAUGAUGGCGAUGGCGCUUGGGUUCUAUUAUUUGCGCCAUCCGAUAUUCCGAGAUCGGAUGCCGUCACCGGCUUUGAACUUCUUCAGGAGGCUUCCUUCCCUUUCUGAUCGAAUUAUGUGAGGCUAAUGAUAUAUAGGAAGGCAUGCUGCGUGUUGGCCUAUAUGUUUCUCCAGGUUUUUUUGCUUUUUCUUUUUUCUGUUCUCUUUUCUUUUCUUUCCAGAAUCGUGUAGUUCUUCUUACUUUCCUACCAUCUCUUUUGCUAAAUAACGAUGGAAAUUUUAACUAACAAAUAAAUCUCUUCGUUAUACAAA